GGGCUGUGCGGUGAGCGGGCGCAGGAGCGGCGGGCAUCAUGAGUCCGCGCGUGUGUAAGGCGUGCGGCGGCGCGGACAUCGAUGUGGACCAGGCUCGGGGCAACGCCGUCUGCACGGGCUGCGGCUCCGUGCUGGAGGACAACAUCAUCGUCUCCGAGGUGACCUUCGUGGAGAGCGGAGGGGGCGGAGUCUCAGCCGUCGGGCAGUUUGUUGCCUCAGAUGGUUCCGGUCCGACUCCUUCCCUGGGCCGAGAUUUCCACAUGGGAACAGGCAAAGAGUCCCGCGCUCAGACACUGCAGAAUGCGCGGCGUCACAUUAACCAGCUGGGCCACCAGCUGCAGAUGAACCAGCACUGCCUGGACACGGCGUUCAACUUCUACAAGAUGGCGCUGUGCAAGCACCUGACCCGCGGCAGGAAGAGCGCCCACGUCAUCGCCGCAUGCCUCUACCUCGUCUGCCGCACCGAGGGCACCCCACAUAUGCUGCUGGACCUGAGUGACAUUCUGCAGGUGAAUGUGUAUGUGUUGGGAAGGACCUUCCUGGUGUUGGCUCGAGAGCUGUGCAUCAAUGCUCCUGCUAUAGACCCAUGCCUGUACAUCCCUCGGUUUGCCCAGCUGUUGGAGUUCGGCGAGAAGAACCAUGACGUUUCCAUGACAGCGCUGCGACUCCUGCAGCAGAUGAAACGUGAUUGGAUGCACACAGGCCGCCGCCCCUCAGGGCUGUGCGGAGCAGCUCUGCUGGUUUCGGCCCGUAUGCAUGAUUUCCGUCGGACGGUGAAGGAGGUGAUCAACGUGGUCAAGGUGUGUGAGGCCACUCUCAGGAAGAGGUUGACUGAGUUUGGGGACACGCCCACCAGUGAGAUGACGAUUGAGGAGUUCAUGCGGGCCGACCUGGAGCGGGGGGGCGAGUGUGACCCCCCCUCCUACACCGAGGGGAAGAGGAGACAGCGCCUCAAACAGCUGGAGGAGAAACUGGCAAUGAAACUGGAUGAGAUGGAGGAUGAGGUGUUUUGUUAUCAGGAUGAGAUUGAUGUGGAAUUGGAGAGCAGUAGACCCAAACCGAGAGGGAAAUUCGCCUCAAGCAGCAGAACAGACUCCUCGGUGCAGCCAGACAAAGGGGAGGGGCCUGUGGAGGGGGAGGAGCCAGAAGAUGAGGCGGAGCUCCGUGAGGCGGCCCGUUGCCUAGCAAUGCGCCAGCUGAUGCGUGAGUCCGGUGGCGAGGAGGAGGAUGAUGAUGAAGAGGAGGAGGAUGAGGAGGAGGAGCGCUGCGCUCCACUCAGACGGCCCUCUGUCGCCGCCCUGCUGGGUCCCCUGCCCACUGCAGCCAGCCUCGGACUACAGGACUCCAUCAGCAAGUGCCUCGGGGACGAGAAGGAGAACCACCAGGAUGCAUCAUCAGAGAGUGGAGAACUGGACCUAAGUGGCAUUGAUGAUGAGGAAAUUGAGCGGUACCUGCUGAAUGAGAAGGAGGUGAAGAUCAAGACAGCCAUGUGGCUGCAGCAGAAUGCAGAUUAUCUGAAGGAGCAGAAAGAGAAAGAGGAGAGGAUAGCAAAAGAGAAAGAGCUGGGCAUCUACAAGGAAAAGAAGAAGAGUCGUAAGGCCCCGCGGCGCUACGCUCCGAUCCAGGCGAGUUCUGCGGACGAGGCGAUUGAGAAGAUGCUGGAGCAGAAGAAGCUCUCGCUCAAGAUCAACUACGACGUGCUCAAGGACCUCAACGUGGGACCCAAGACCCCCGCACACACCCCCGCACACACCCCCGCACACACACCCACACACACACCCACGCGCACACCCACACGCAAACCCAACCCUACGGCACGUGGACGCAGGCUUGGACUCACACCCUCACUGGGCAGCCAGAUCAGCAGCCUGGGGAAGAGGUUACGACCUCUGGUGUCUGCUCUACCUGCUAAGAGGCUGGCCCUUGAUGAGCUGGUCCCUGGUGGGGCACUAGCGGCGCCCCCUGUGGCCAUUGCAGGCGCGGCGGUCGGUGUGGCGGUCGGCGUGGCGACGGGCGUGGUGGUGGAGAGUGGGCCGGUGGCCUACGAGGACGACGCCGAGGAAGAGGAGGAGGAGGAAGAGGAGCCCUGCGUCAGCGCCAUGCAGCUACUGGGCAGCAGUGGAUAUGGCUGUGAUGACGACGAUGAAGGCUAUUAAUAGACAAGACACACACACACACACACAACACACAUUUUUGUAUGUGUGCGUGCUUUAGGACUGGACUGUGUGCACAAGCACACACACACACACACACCUCUUUCCUGUGCUACCUGAAGAUACAGGAGAAGAGGAUGAAGAUGGUUUCAUGUAAUCUCACUGGGAGUUGCAAAAAGGGUCCUGUGAUUUCAGUGCGUGUGCAGUGCGUGUGUGUGUGUGUGUGUGUGUGUGUGUGUGUGUGUGUGUGUGUGUGUGUGUGUGUGUGUGUGUGUGUGUGUGUGUGUGUGUGUGUGAAGGUGAGGAAAUUAGUAGUUCAACGCACACAACUUUAUGAUGAAGAUGCUCCAACUAAAUAUAGACACAGUUUUGGGACAUACACACACACACUCACACACAAACACAUACUCUUUCACUCACUCGCUCACACACAUUGUCAUCAUUCUCAAUCCAGUCACUGAGUCCAGUGCGUGCGUGUGUGCGUGCGUGCGUGCGUGCGUGCGUGCGUGCGUGCGUGCGUUCGUGUGUGUGUGUGCGCGCGUGCGUGUGUGUGUGUGUCAUGGCAUGGUGUUAUGGACCAUUAUGUGGUGAUUACAUAUGAACCUAUGCUAACUCAAUCAGCUGCUAGUGCAAAUCUCAUCCAAUCGCGUGCGAGCUUACACUAAUAAAUGGGCCACCUGCAACAGGUGACCAAUCAAAUGCUAGCUUAUUCCCUACCCAGUUGAACGCCAGCCUGAAUUUUAACCAAUGAAGUGCUGUCUUAAAUCUCACCCAAUCAAGGGCUGCCUAAAAGCUUAACCAAUCACAGACCAUCUUAAUUAUGACACGUCUGACCACUAUCCGUCUCUGGAUUCUGCUCUUAACGGAUCUGUCUCUUAAAUGGGUUCUACUCUUAACGGAUCUGUCUCUUAAAUGGGUUCUACUCUUAACGGAUCAGUCUCUAAAUGGGUUCUACUCUUAACGGAUCUGUCUCUUAAAUGGGUUCUACUCUUAACGGAUCAGUCUCUAAAUGGGUUCUGCUCUUAAGGGAUCCGUCUCUAAAUGGGUUCUACUCUUAAGGGAUCUGUCUCUAAAUGGGUUCUACUCUUAAGGGAUCUGUCUCUAAGUAGGUUCUGCUCUAAACGGAUCUGUCUCUAAGUAGGUUCUACUCUUAAGGGAUCUGUCUCUAAGUAGGUUCUACUCUUAAGGGAUCUGUCUCUAAGUAGGUUCUACUCUAAACGGAUCUGUUUUCUGCUUGUACCCCAUCAUUGCCAAUAAAGCCUUCCGCUCCUGGUGUCAGCUGGCGCUUGCUGAGUUCUGGCCCGUCUGUAAGCGGGUUCCACUGUAAGCGGGUUCCUCUGUAAGCGGGUUCUGGCCCGUCUGUAAGCGGUUCUACCAGCUGCUGCCUCGUACCAAACAAGCCUUCUGCUCCUGAGCCCAAGCACGCCCCCGACCUGCCUUAACUUCCUGUUCUGUGUGAUGCGCUUCCGGGUUAAAGGUCGGAGAUGUGAAGUAUGAUGAUGAUGAUGAUGAUUUAGUAUUAUUAUUAUUAUUAUUAUUAUUAAGUAUCCCGGAGUUGUCCUGAUGUAUGAUAUUAAUUUAUUAAAUGAGUUGUGUUAAUGCUUUGUUGAUGUUCACAAGAGGAAACGGUGUAAAUAAAUAGUUCUGUUGGGGUGAGAUGUGUGUGUGUGUGAGAAAGGUAUAGUUUGUUAUGUUGGGGUGUGUG